UGGCUCGCCAGGCAGAGCUCUGCGGGUGUGGGGCCCGGGGGGCGCCUGACGGGUGGAGCCUGAGGGGCCUCCCCUUUCUCUUUUCCCACGUUUGCAUUUGCUAGAGCCCCGAGGACCCCCGCCCCGCCCCGCCCCGCUAAGCCCCGGCAGCGGGCGGGCAGCGCCUCCUUGUCGCCAGCGCCGCGGCUGCUCUGGAUGGAGCAGCUGGGAGGAGGAGGAGGAGGAGGAGGAAGCCUGGCGCUGCUGCUGCUGUUGCCGCCGCUCGCUUAGGAGCCGCCUCAGCCGGAGCCAGCCAGCCAGGGAGCCGCCAGUGCCCGCUCCGUCGCCCAGUUUUAAACCUCCAGUCCAACCAUGGGGAAGCAGAACAGCAAGCUGCGCCCAGAGAUGCUCCAAGACCUCCGGGAAAACACAGAAUUCUCUGACCUGGAGCUCCAGGAGUGGUACAAAGGCUUCCUCAAGGACUGUCCCUCCGGCAUCCUCAAUGUGGAGGAGUUCAAGAAGAUCUAUGCUAACUUCUUCCCUUAUGGUGAUGCCUCCAAGUUCGCUGAGCACGUCUUCCGCACCUUCGACACAAAUGGUGAUGGCACCAUUGACUUCCGAGAGUUCAUCAUCGCCCUGAGUGUCACUUCGCGGGGGAAACUGGAGCAGAAGCUGAUGUGGGCUUUUAGCAUGUACGACCUGGAUGGGAACGGCUACAUCAGCCGGGAGGAGAUGCUGGAGAUUGUGCAGGCCAUCUACAAAAUGGUCUCGUCUGUGAUGAAGAUGCCUGAAGAUGAGUCAACUCCUGAGAAGCGGACGGAGAAAAUCUUCCGACAGAUGGAUACCAAUAAUGAUGGCAAACUGUCCUUGGAAGAGUUCAUCAAGGGCGCCAAGAGUGAUCCUUCCAUUGUGAGGCUGCUGCAGUGUGACCCCAGCAGCGCCUCCCAGUUCUGA